AUGGAAGGAGUUCCCUUCCAUUGCGGAACCAUGAUUUCCACCUCCGCGGCCUUCGGGGCUCUCUUCUUGAUUGUCGGCCUAAAUGCGAUCAAAUUGACCGUCGAGGAGAACGAACGACUUCAGAAGACGUGCGGAGUCAACAUGAAAGGUACCUUCUUGUUGGUGGUGUUUUCCAUAAUCGAAAUCUUCUCCAGAGGUGUACCGUUACUCCCGUAAAGUGCUCAAUGGAACCGCAGCCCACGCGGGCGAAUCUCCGUGGAGUGUGGCCGUCUAUCUGACUGACGCCCACGCGAAAACCGUCUACACCACCGGAACUCUCAUCUCUGAUCUCCAUAUUCUCACUUACGACUCGAUUUUUCUGACGAACAGCACGGACGGCAUCCGCUUCCGCGACAACAUGGAUCCGAUCGGAACGGGCGGUCUCAACUGCGAGGGCCACAAUCUCGUCCUCCCGAAGCACGUCGUCCGCAAGACUUCCGUGUUUCUGGACAUGCUGCGGGCGGACCGAUUCUCCGGAAAGGACCGUCUCUCGCUGCGGAAGGUGACUGUUGUGGGCGGGUGCAAACGGCCGUUCCGACUCAACCGACUUGCUGUCGUCGAGCUGACGAAAGCGGUGACGGCGAAGCAAAAGGCCCGGCCGAUCUGUAUUGCGGGUGAGUCAGACGGGGACAAACACGACUGCUAGCGGCGCAUUUCAAUGGGAACAUAGCCUUUAUAAUUCAAAUUUGUGAAAGAAACGCCGUGCGUGCACUGAUAGUAGCUGAAAUACAACUUUUCAGCGUCUGUCCCCACACCGUCCUACACGUUCUACGGAUACGGAGACAACCGCGGCGACGUGAUGGACGCGACCCUGCGGCACACAAAACUCUCGCUCACCCCGUGUCCGGUUCCUUCCAAGGACAUUUUCUGUGUCACUGCUCAGAAUCCGCUGUGCAACGGCGACUUUGGAGGAGCCGCCGCACGACGCAUUGCGGAUACUGUCCAGGCGUUCGGCGUGUACAUUGACGGUCCGUUCGAGUGUGCUCAGUUGGACGAAAACGCAGUGUUCACUUUCGCCAACCUGACUGCGAUCGCCCGCUCCGUGUGCAGUUUGACGGGUGUUUGUGGGGAGAGCACUUUGGUCACCACUACUACCACGACUGCUCCGACCAGUGGGACCACCACGAGUGAUGUUGAGAGGGAAGAGGAAGAGUGGCCGGAUGUUGAGAUUGGCACGAAACGGGUCACCAACUCGGAUGUCAUUGAAAAUGAUUCGGAAAGUGGCUCAGUGACUAAAACUGGUUCUGCUCAUCCGGAAUCCUCUGAAGCUGACAACAAAACGACUGCGUACUCGAUUGGAACCGGAGUUGGAGUAGAAGAAACUAGAGGAACGUCUUCUAAACCCUCAGGCGAAACUGGAUCCCAACAGGACGGAUUCACUGGCACCGGGUCCCCUGUCGCUUGCCCUGUGAAAAGCGAAGACGAAACCGACAACGACAUCCACAUCACGAUCAAGCUGGCCAAGUACCGAAAGACGGGCGACCCGAAAGACAUUGUGCACAUCUUCCGAGGACCGAAAUCAUAUGCAUAA